UUGAAACUCAGCUUCGGGAGUCGAAGCUCCAGCUGCUGUGCACCAAAGGUGGAGUUGGGGCCCGGCAUCCCCUCCUCGCUCCGGGCCGGGCCCUGCCCCACCCUCUUCCUCCCGGUUGAGAUGGGCUCAGCCAAGAGCAUACCAGUCACUCCAGCGCGGCCUCCGCCGCACAACAAGCUUCUGUCUCGAGUGGCGGACCCGCGUUCACCUAGUGCCGGCAUCGUGCGCACUCCCAUCCAGGUGGAGAGCUCUCCACAGCCACACCUAGCAGCAGAGGAACAGCUGCAGGAUCCUAAUCAGGCCCAGGAUUCAGAUCCCCGCUCUCCUACCCUUGGCAUUACACGGACACCUAUGAAGACCAGCAACGGAGAACUCGCAUCCCCACUGGAGAAACAGCUGAGUGAAGUAUUUGAGACCGAAGCCCCCAAAUCAAAUCUUCCCCCAGAGUCUGCUCUGCCCCUAGAGGCACUUUCAUCUUCUGAGUUGGACUUGCCUCUGGGUACCCAGUUUUCCCUUGAGGACCAGAUGCCACAUGGGAGCCAGACUGAGCUCCCCUCAAAGCAGGUGUCUUCUGAGGAAGAAACAGGACAGCCCUCAGAAACCCUUAUGGCCAGCCAGGGCUCAGACAAGCCCAUGAGAGACCCCGAGACGCCCAGAUCUUCAGGUUCUAAGUGCAAUAGACGGAAACCAAAAGGCAAGGUACUAGGGAGAUCUCCCCUCACCAUCCUGCAGGAUGACAACUCCCCUGGGACUCUGACACCACGACAGGGUAAGAGGCCUUCUCCUCUGAGUGAAAAUGUUAGAGAACUAAAAGAAGGAGCCAUUCUGGGAACUGGACGACUUCUGAGAACUGGAGGACAAGCGUGGGAGCAAGGCCAAGACUGUGACAAGGAAAAUCAACACUUUGCCUUGGUGCUUUGGAGAGCAAAAAAGACGGUAGAAAAAAGAGAAAGCAUGAAGGAGAAGGGGGCCAGGACCCUGGUGGUGCCAGAGCCAUAGUCACGAGGCCGAGCAC